AUGCCCUCCCCGCAACGCCGCUUCCAGAUCAGCGCUGCUGCUCUGCUGCUUCUUUCUGCCGGCCACACGGCUAUAGCAAGAAAAUGGAUGGCCGAUCCAGAGUUUAAGAACCUGCCCAAGAUCGCCAAGGCGUAUGCGAAGGCGGGUUGGUAUCAGGGUAGCAUAUUCUUUUUGAUUACGGCACUGUUGAACUACCGCUGGUCUCGCCUCCAUCCUAAAGGCCUCACCGACCGCCUCGACAAGGCCAUCGCUGCCCUGAACGUCAUCCUCCUGUGGGCCAGCGCGGCGUGGUACAACCGCCAGAGCAUCAAGGAUACGAGUGCUGCCGUGGGGAUUACGGGGGCCCUGCAGGCUUGGGCGGCUUUCUUCUGA